UUUCUGCUGCUGCUGCUUUGUCCCCUUCCCUUUGCUGAACUUGCAGUCCGGCUUGUUUUGGUUUGUUUGCGGGGUUUUUUUUUUCUUUCUUCUCCUUCCCUGCCUCUCGCUUUCUCCUAAGGCAGAAAGAGUUUGGUUCGGAGUCGGAGCCCCGCCGUGUCUCUCUCGCUCUUUAGUGGCGGUAGCGGUGUGUGUUUGGCGAAUGCCGUGAUUCUAGCAAUGAAACCCAGAGCUCGGUACUGUUCUUGGAAGGGGAGUCCCUCCUCUCCUCUCUCGGGCGGUUUGUGUGAUUUUGCUAAAAUGCAUCACCAACAGCGAAUGGCUGCCUUAGGGACGGACAAAGAACUGAGUGAUUUACUGGAUUUCAGUGCGAUGUUUUCACCUCCUGUGAGCAGUGGGAAAAAUGGACCAACUUCUUUGGCAAGUGGACAUUUUACUGGCUCAAAUGUAGAAGACAGAACUAGCUCAGGGUCCUGGGGGAAUGGAGGACAUCCUAGUCCAUCCAGGAACUAUGGAGAUGGGACUCACUAUGAUCACAUGGCAAGCAGGGACCUUGGGUCACAUGACAAUCUCUCUCCUCCUUUUGUCAAUUCCAGAAUACAAAGUAAAACUGAAAGGGGGUCAUAUUCAUCAUAUGGAAGAGACUCAAAUUUACAGGGUUGCCACCAGCAAAGUCUCCUUGGAGGUGACAUGGAUAUUGGCAACCCAGGAGCUCUCUCACCCACCAAACCUGGCUCUCAGUACUAUCAGUAUGCUAGCAAUAACCCCCGAAGGAGGCCUCUUCACAGUACUUCCAUGGAAGUACAAACAAAGAAAGUUCGAAUUCCUCCAGGUUUACCAUCAUCAGUUUAUGCCCCGUCAGCAAGCACUGCUGACUACAAUAGGGAUUCACCAGGUUAUCCAUCCUCAAAACCAGCAGCCAGCACUUUUCCUAGCUCCUUCUUCAUGCAAGAUGGUCAUCACAGCAGUGACCCAUGGAGCUCCUCCAGUGGGAUGAAUCAGCCUGGUUAUGGAGGAAUGCUGGGCAAUUCUUCUCAUAUUCCACAGUCUAGCAGCUACUGUAGCCUGCAUCCACAUGACCGUUUGAGCUACCCAUCACACUCCUCAGCAGACAUCAAUUCCAGUCUUCCUCCGAUGUCCACUUUCCACCGUAGUGGUACAAAUCAUUACAAUGCUUCUUCCUGCACGCCACCUGCUAAUGGAACAGACAGUAUAAUGGCAAACAGAGGAAGUGGGGCAGCAGGCAGCUCACAGACUGGUGAUGCACUGGGGAAAGCACUUGCCUCUAUCUAUUCUCCAGAUCACACCAACAACAGCUUUUCAUCAAAUCCUUCAACUCCUGUUGGUUCUCCCCCUUCUCUCUCAGCAGGCACAGCUGUUUGGUCUAGAAAUGGAGGGCAAGCAUCAUCAUCUCCCAAUUAUGAAGGUCCCUUACACUCUUUGCAAAGCCGGAUUGAAGACCGUUUGGAAAGACUGGACGAUGCUAUUCAUGUUCUCCGGAACCACGCAGUGGGGCCUUCAACAGCCAUGCCUGGUAGUCAUAGCGACAUGCAUGGAUUAAUAGGGCCUUCUCACAAUGGAGCAAUGGGAGGUCUUGGGUCAGGAUAUGGGACAGGCCUUCUUUCAGCCAAUAGACAUUCACUAAUGGUUGGAGCUCAUCGUGAAGAUGGUGUCGGUCUGCGUGGCAGCCAUUCGCUUGUGCCAAAUCAGGUUCCAGUUCCACAGCUACCAGUUCAGUCUGCUACUUCCCCUGAUUUAAAUCCACCCCAAGAUCCAUACAGGGGUAUGCCAACUGGACUGCAAGGGCAAAGUGUAUCUUCAGGCAGCUCUGAAAUCAAAUCUGACGACGAAGGAGACGAAAACCUUCAGGACACAAAAUCUUCUGAGGACAAGAAACUAGACGAUGACAAGAAGGAUAUCAAAUCAAUUACUAGGUCAAGAUCUAGCAAUAACGAUGAUGAAGACCUUACACCAGAGCAGAAGGCAGAGCGAGAGAAGGAAAGGAGAAUGGCCAACAAUGCUCGUGAGCGCUUACGCGUGCGUGAUAUCAAUGAGGCUUUCAAGGAAUUGGGCCGGAUGGUACAACUCCAUCUGAAGAGUGACAAGCCCCAAACCAAACUCCUGAUUCUACACCAGGCAGUGGCUGUCAUCCUCAGCUUAGAACAGCAAGUCAGAGAAAGGAAUCUGAACCCUAAAGCAGCAUGUCUGAAAAGAAGGGAAGAAGAGAAAGUGUCUUCAGAUCCCCCUCCACUUUCCUUGGCAGGACCCCAUCCUGGGAUGGGAGAUGCAUCCAAUCAUAUGGGACAGAUGUAAAAAGGUCCAAGUUGCCACAUUUCUUCAUUUAAACAAGAGACCACUUCCUUAACAGCUGUAUUAUCUUAAUCCCACAUAAACACUUCUCCUUAACCCCUUUUUUGUAAUAUAAGACAAGUCUGAGUAGUUAAGAAUCACAGACGCAAGAGAUAUCAGCAUUCCCGAUUAUUAAACAAAAGCAAAAAGUGCAACUUGAGGGACGACUCUCUUUAACAUAUCAUUCAGAAUGUUUAAAGCAGUAUGUUACGAGCUGUAAAUGCACAGCCUAGAGACUGAAUGGCAAUCUUCUCCACACUGUGGGACAAUGCAUUUGUGCCUAAACUUCUUUUGGAAAAAAAAUAUAAUUAAUUUGUAAGUCUGAAAAAAAAAUAUUUAAUUUAAAAUUGUAAACUUGCAAUAAUGAAAAAGUGUACUUCUGAAGAAAAAAACGAACGUUUCUGUUGGUGUGCUAGACAGCUAGUGUUUAUACUUACUGGAUAGUAAAAGGGAAGCUUUGCUGCCCAGAUAUUUACAAAACCAGCAAACGUCCUAAUGAAAACUGAAGUGAUGACAUUAGCCAUUCCUUAGGGUAGGAGGAACAGAUGGAUCUUAUAGACCUAUGACAAAUAUAUAUAUAUAAAUAUAUAUAUAAAUAUAUAUUAAAAAUUUAGUGAAUAUGGUAAGCUUUUGUUCAUUUGUUUCAGACUUUUUUGCUCCUGUAAAAAAAUAGUACUGAUUAACUUUUUUAAAAAGAAGAUUUUACUGUAAAUAAGGAUUUUUUGGUCUUAUUUCUGUCCCGCUCCCCUGUUCUUGUUAUUAUAACCUGUAGUGCCAACUCUUUCUCUGGAGGGGUAGUGCAGGCUGAAACGCUGACCCUGACGUUGCUUCUCAUUCGUAAGUAGGUAGAGAGUUGUUUCUCCAGUCUUUUAGGAACACAGGACUUUAAAGUCUCAUCAUGUGUAGAUAUUACAGGCUGCAUUACUGAGACGUGGCAAAAUGAAUUUGUCUGAAUCGUAAUGUUGCUCUUGUUGACCCUAUUCUGGGAUUUUCAGAGGUACAAGGUUAGAAUGCUACAAUGUUACCACUGUGCCUUCCAAUGUUUAUAUCAUCAGAAACAUUACAUAAUCAAAGUGGCUGUGAUUUAACAAACCAAUUAAAGUGUUACCUAUGUGUGUAGCCUAAAUAGUGUGCAGUGAGGCGUUUCUGAAUACAUGGUCAGAUUUUUUGGGGGGUGGGGCAAAACCAUCAAUUGGGAGAAUUGCAAGCAAUGUGACCGAUUUGAUUGACUUCCUUUUUUCAUUCUUUUCUUGUUUUCAAGUGGAUUACUUAAAUGUAGACCACUUGCUGCCUCCUCCUUCAUUUGCAAAAUGCCAAUAUUCAGUCAUCAUGCAACAUUAUAACAAGCCUUAUGAGUCCUAAAGCAUUAAGUUGCACUUUCUUGAGGAGGGGGUAGGUGGGUGGUACAGUAUUUCUCUGGCCAGUAUGAAUGAAGUUUUUACUUAACAUAUUUAAUAGUAACAUAGAUCAAACUAUGGCACAGCAACUCAUCAGACAACUAGCUUUGAAGUCUGGGCACAACUGAACCAACUUCCAUAGUGGAUCUUAUAAUGAUUGACUUUGGUGUACAGUACAAUUAACAGAUAGUGCUCCUAGAUAAGUAUUUGUCAGCAUCCUUUUGUCUCUAAUUCUAGUUUCUAUUUUUACAGCCACACAAACCUGGCAUGUAUUUUAAAUAAAAUCUCCCUGUUCAAGUAGAUUUUCCACCUAUCAGCACUGAGUAAAUGCCAUAAAUCCAUCAAAACGGUCUAAAUGUUCCAUCUGUUCUCCUGUUUUGCCAGUUAUAUAGUAAUGAAAAAUACAUUUGUAAAUUUUAUGCAACAAAUGGCAAGUGUAUCAUUAUUUUGAAAUCGUGUAUGUAAAAGUUAUAUUUUUACAUGUAGACUCUUGUUAUUAUGUGUUUUAAUACAUUGUAUCAGUUUUUUGUUUAAAAACAAUCUGUGUGGUUGAAAAAAGUCUCAUUUAAAUGAAAUAGUGAGAUACAAGAAUCUGAAUUUUCUGUUUGUUUCUGAAAACGUAAAGAACAAAUAUGAUAGUUAACGUGAUCACCUACAUACCCAUAAACAUUUUGAUUAGCUGCGUGCGUGUUGAAACCUGUAAAUAUGUUCAGUAGUGGGAAAAUUUUAAAUGCUUUGAUUUGUUGAUAAGUUUCUCAAAUGUGGAGGUGGAUUACGCCAUUAGGUAUACACAAUAGAGCAGCAGGCACAAGGUUUAAUUCAGAAUUACAAAUGAAUAUUAUUUUUAAAAUGCUGGACUUUUAACAGGCCUGGUUUAUAUGAAAAUGGGUAUGACAAAGAUUAAUCUCACUCAUUGUUAAUGAUAACUAUGCUUUUGAGUGCUGGAAUAAAUUGCCUAGGGAGGUUGUGGAAUCUCCAUCUCUGGAGAUAUUUAAGAGUAGGUUAGAUAAA